CCCAGUGGCGGUAGCAGCAGUGUGAAAGUUUUCCCGCGGAACGCGUUUCCACCUCAAUCGAGCCUUGUUGUUGUUUUAAGAAAGAAAGAAAAAAGAAUCUACCUGACCGUCAUCCCAACCCUCCUUCUUCAAAAUGGUCGGUCCCAGCUCACAGAUCAGCAAACUGCUGCUGACGCUGCUGUUCCUCCUGAUCAUCUUCUUCAUCUGGAUGGACGUGAAUCUGUACAUCCGCAUCCAGGACUACCCGAUCCGCGAUCGCGAGAUCCGCCUGCUGAACGGUAGCACCGUGCUGAGACCAACGAUGGGCGUUACGAGCAGCAGCGCGGUGACCUCGGCCGUUCCCCACCGCCAACCGCAGGAAGCGGCCCGGUACGAGGACGUGGCGUGGGUCUCGUGCGAUCUGAACCCGCUGUGCGACGUCACGGUGAAGGCGAUGAUGUUGGACCACACGAACCACUACCUGUUUGCGCCGAUGGCAACGCUGCUGGACAAUUUGGCUGGGUUCUCCAAGGGGGAGCUCAUUACGCCGAACAUGAUUUCGUUCUUCCACGUGUUUGUGGCGGUUGCUUCGGGGCGGAUGGUCGCGUCGGAUUCGCUGGGCUAUCGCCGGAUCGGGGUGGUGCUGUUUCAGUUCCGGACGUUCUUGGACGAUUUGGACGGGCACGUGGCACGGGCGAAGAAGCACAUCCGCGGCGAGCGGUCGGACAUUGGAUCCGCUGGAUAUUACAUCGAUGGGAUCUGUGACGCGUUGGGCUGCAUCGCCCUCAUGAUCGGAGUGUUUGUGUUCCUGAAGAACAACCCGCCGCGUCGUGGCUACACCCAGCUCCAGUCCAUCAUCCCGGUGUCCGAGUCGAAGAACUGCUCCGAGUCGGGCGUCAUCUACAAGGUCAAAGUCACCACGAAGAAGGUCGCCCGCAAGGUGCUCUGCUACAGCGGCAUCCUCGUGCUCAGCUCGACCGGCUGGAACCGUUACAUCGCCAUCUACCAGGACAUGCUCGAGCGGGAGGACGUCACGCCGACCCAGUUCCUGCACCAGGAGCAGGCCUUCCGCUCGACCUGGUUCUUCGUCAUCUGCUGGCUGUGGCGAAUCGCGAACGUGCACGCCCUGCUGCACUUCCUCCUUCUGAGUGUCUUCUGUGAUAAACUGUGGGAGUACCUGCGGAUGAUUCAGUACGCCGGCUUCGUGGCGCUGCUCGCCAUCAUCAGUGUGGCCGAGAUGCACCUGCUCGGGGCGCAGAACUACAUCUACAAAUCGCUGACUGGUAACAAUACAUCGUUGUGAUUACAUUAAGGCAAGUUUUAGGACGACCCCCCGCGGGUCUCGCCACUGCUUAGGGUGGUGGGUCCCAAAGCGUCGUUAGCAGCUAUCGUUUUCUAAUGUCUCCACUUUGGUGGGGGGAUUACCACGUGAGACAGAUUUUGCGACAUUGCUCCAAAGAUUGACUUUUCUACAGCGAUACAGAGACUACGGAAUUAGAGUUUUAGUGAUUGUUAAAAUUUGAAUUUCAACUUUUUGAUAAUACGACAGUUUGCAGUUUGGUUCUAAAAACAUAGAAUAUGCAAAAUAAAAAUGUUAAACUAAAAUUAUUUAUCAAUUGCACUUUUUAUUUAUCUCUUCAGUUCAUGUAUACUGCAAACUGCACUUCUUCAACAUUCACAAAAAAAAUUGGCUGAAUUUCAAUAGCAUUUUUUAUGGAGUUGUGAACACAAUACCGAAAUUUCAGUAAAUGACAUUGACUACAGUAUGGAGAAUUUGACAAGUAAGAUUUCUAUUGGACUUGAAAACCUUCAAUAUUGGUGGGUGAAAAUUUGUGGACUAUCCAAGUACAGCAAGUUCAGAAGCGUUCCUUUAAAAAGGGUGUUUAUUUGAAUGACAGUUUAUGUCGAAUUAUGAUAUUUUAUAUUAUGCUUAGUGAUUUUUCACGCUCGAAAAUUGCAAAUUACACGGGGACCUCAUCUGACAAAACAC